GCCGCCGCUGCUGUCGUCUCCGCCCUCUGCAUAACCCUCCUCGCGACCAUGGACGUCGCCCUCGAGUUCCUCGAUCCGCUUGUGCUGGACAAGGCCUAUGCAUGGGCAUUGCCUCUGGCCGACUUGGGCACAAAAAACUCUUCCUACUCGGAUCUCUCCUCAUCCGUUGCCGGCGCCGCCACCACCACCACAAUAACAACACCGGGUGCCUCUCAAUGGGCGCGCGACAACGUCUAUCGCCAGAUUGUCUCCAUCCUCGUCCUGACCCAGCUUGGCGCAACCUCGCUGUACCUGAUUUUCAGCGCCCUGUCCUACUACUCUGUCUUUGACCGCCGCCUCGAGUACCAUCCGCGCUUCUUGAAGAACCAGGUCCGCCAGGAGAUCAUCUCGUCGCUAUCGGCCGUCCCCUUUAUCAACCUGUUGACUCUCCCCGUGUUCCUGGCCGAGGUCCGCGGCAAGAGCCUGCUGUAUGCCAACACCAGCGACUAUGGCUGGCCUUGGCUAGUUGUUUCCACCAUUCUGUACAUAGCCUUCAACGACUUUUCCAUCUACUGGAUUCACCGCCUGGAACAUCACCCUAGUGUCUACAAGUACAUCCACAAGCCACACCACAAAUGGAUCGUGCCCACACCAUGGGCUGCGCUGGCUUUCCACCCGCUUGAUGGCUUCGUGCAGUCUCUGCCAUACCACAUCUUCGUCUUCAUCUGCCCCAUGCAAAGAUAUCUGUACCUGGUCCUCUUCGUCGCCGUCCAAAUCUGGACCAUCUUCAUCCACGACGGCGACAUGAUUUCGGGCCAUUGGACGGAAAAGUUCAUCAACAGCCCUGCGCACCACACGUUGCACCACAUGUACUUUACCGUCAAUUACGGUCAGUACUUUACGUGGGCCGACAACUACUUUGGCUCGCACAGGGCGCCCGAGCCAUCGCUGGACCCCAUCCACGACGCCCUCAAGGUGAUGCGUGCCAAGGGCCUCGUCGACGAGCAGGGAAACAUGAUCAAGCACGCUAAGAAGGAGUAAUGUAUAGUGUUAAUGGGUUAACGGGCUAAUGGGGCGGUAGAAACUUUUAUUGGUAGAGCAAUCCUACAUUAUAUGUAAUUAUAGAAAUAAAGGGUGGCACUUAGGCUCCCCGGCUAAUGUUGUAAACAGUUUGUUUUUUCUUUUCUUCUUCUUUUUAGGUCGGUCAUGAAAAACGGUUUCAGGACGAAAGGGCAAUGAGGCGAGCGCGCAUUCAUGUAUGUGAAGAUCUAGAAGC